UGUCAGUAUACGUCUGUUUAGAUUUUUGACAAAUGUCAGUGUCACCGACAACAAUUUUUUGACUUAGGAGAGAAAUUUUUAUUUUUAUAUUAAUAUUGUGAAUAUUUCCAUUUUCAGCAAUUUUAACAUGUUUCGGCAACUAUAAAAACGUUUAGUUGUAUUAUACAUAAAGCAGAAUGGCUACGAGAAAGCGAAGUGGUUCUGGCUCAAAGAGACAAUUCAAAGAAAAAGUGGUGCAAAUAUAUGAAUGUUUAUUGAAAGGCGACGAUGUGUCGCAGCAUAACGCCUUAUUCUGGGACGAAUUCUUUUUACUUAAACCCAAAGUAGCGACUCUUGAAAAUGAGAUCCAAAAGAUGUCUGUUGAACAGCUUCAAGCAGCUAAACCAAAUAUUAACAUUUUAUUUAACCAAUGUGUAAAGAUACUGGAUCAACAAAAUAACAUUAGAGUAGCUUAUGGGAUGUUAACCCUAUGCACCCUACUGGAUUCUCUAUCCAAAACGGCUGUAGAGAACCAAAUAGAUGCAAUAGAAUUUCUAUCAGGGUUUGAAAAUCUGCCUGAUCAGAUACAAAAGUUGUUAACGCUGUGUCAAACUUACCUUGAAGGUGAUUCAUUAGACACAGUUAAAGCAUUAUGUCUAAAAUUGAUCUUAAUCCUUACCACUGGUGUGGAGUCAAUAAAUCAAAACACAUUGAUAGAGUAUAUAAUGAUGUCCCCACUCUUUGACUGCUUGGUGAAUUUACUGUGUGAUGUGCCAACCAGGCAGAGACAUGGAUAUGAUGUAGUAUUGAUUAUUACACUCCUUGUUAAUUAUAGAAAAUAUGAUGCCACUAAUCCUUAUGUUGUGAAGCUGUCUAUUUUGGAUGAUGAGCUGGCUCUAAAUGGGUACAGUCAAGUCAUAACCUCUUCCUUGGCUGAUUUUUGUAACCAGUACAAUAGUGAACAUGCUGAACAACAAAAUGCGUCAUGGUUCUCCUCACUGACAAAUAUUGUUGGUAAUAUGUUUGUUUCUGACGAGGGGGGUUUUCGCACACAACAAGUUAGGGCUAAUAAUGCUUUACUGCUUGCUUUGUAUGAAGCCAUCCAUCUAAAUAGAAUUGUAAUUUCUACUCAUCACAUGUAAAGGGGAAUUAUGUAUAUUAUCUGUCCGUGCCGCAGGUAGAUAAAACGAGACGUUUUUUCGGGAUGUCAGCCCAGGUACGUUAAAUGAUAACUGACCCAAGAAAGCUAAAUCAUCACUAGCAUUAUUGAUCAAUUUAAACACAAAAAUCACUGACUGGCAAGUGCGCCUUGCUUCAAGACUGAUGUGAUUAGAUGUUUUUUAAGUAAAUAAUCAUGAGGUAUGUAUACCUAUGGGCGGGUAAACGCUAUCCACAUUCAGUGGCUAAUGGACAAUAAAUUCUAUUUCACGGGCUACUGUCCAAAUGGCCUUAGCUGUGCUAGUGACGCGGACUAUAUUGAAAUUCAAUAAAAACAAAAUGGCGGGUUUUAAUUGAAAAUUUCAACUUUGAAACUUCUAUUUCACAGGCUUGAUGGAUUUUAACGUAUGAGAUAUCUCUAGAAUUGUCUUGAUAGUGCGAGUCACACUAAAUACUAAAAUUUUAUUAAAAAAAAUGGCGGACUCCAGUAAAAAAUUUCAACUUUGAAAUCUCUAUUUCAUGGGCUACCAAUAAUUAAAGGACUUGUUUGGUUUUGACAUUCAAGGAUAGAUUUGUCUUAACAUUGCAAAUGACUGGGUAAUUGAUAAAACAGAAACUUCAGCGUUGAAGUUUCUAUUUUACGGGCUAAAGCCCAAACAGCAUUUGAAAUGUGUGUAGAUAGGUCCUUGUAGUAAAAUUUAAUCCAUUCAUUUCGGUUACUACUGUCGGUUUUUUGUCUUCUAAAAAAUGUACUGUUUGAGUUAACUUUCAAAUUUAAUUUCAAUUUCUAUUUACUGGUGCCGUGCAGAAGUCAAAUAUAUAAAUGUUAUCCCGAACAAACUGUGUGCUCAGUUGGUAGCUAUUAGCUCCCUCAGGGUGAGUUUCUUUGUACUUUGGUUUUUGGAUGCCACCUCACCAAUUCACAAGGUACAUAGACAUUGAUUGAACGAGAAAAGAAAAAAAAUAAGGAGAAGUCCUGGAGGACAGGCUAACAUGAAUGAAUGUAUGUAUUACCCCCCUAGCUAAAUGAUUAUCCAAAAAAAAAAAUUAAAAAUGAACUCCGAAGGUCUACCGUUGGUAGGAAGUCCAAGAUGUUACCCUAAAACCGGAGGGAGAACCCUCUAACAAUGAGGAUCCUCCAAAAAUGGGGGAACUGCUCCUCCCAGGCGUGAGCCUCACUCAAACUCGCCUUGGACUAACCCUGUAGGCGGUCCCCCUCCGCUCGAUGGUUGAGUGAAAUUAUUUGCACGAUUAAAUUCCCAAAAGGGUAAGAAAAAGGCCCCGACACUAAGAACCACCAAGGGUCCAAUUUCUAACAAAACUACCCCACCACCCUUUGAAUCCUUAACUUAGCGUGUGAACUAGGAUCGGGCAGUGGGCCGCAGACAAAUUUCUCUACCAGAGCACCGGUAAUAGCACCAAGUCACCUUCGGCUCUCGUAUUUACGGUCGACAGUCUAAGAUGUAUUAAGAGAGCAGUGUUGAAAACCCUAAGUAUCUAAAAACCUGUCUAGAAUCAGUCCUAAAAUCAUCGCAUCGCCUGAUCUGUAAAACACUUGACAUGGUCGAAUGGAGUAGCACAUAAUAAACUGUUCUUAACACAAAUGUACUCACGCACUCCGCUAGGCGUGGUAACGUAUACAGGUCUUUCCCAAAUCUUUGCAGCACGUAGUUCAUGUGAAUAUUCCAUUUAAGUUGCGGGUCGAAAAUACCCCCAUGAAUUUUGCAGAUGUGUAAUCCUAUUUAUGCAGUGAGAAUUGUGUUGGGUUUUGCUUUAAUUCAGUAGGAAUGAACUCUUGCGAGGGUCAAUCCCGGUCCCGAAAGUCUGGGGAUUUGCCGGAAAUUUGAGUCGUAUUGAGAAACCGGGGCGCACAGCCUUGGCCCGGCAGGGGUAUUACGUAUCCUGAAUAGUAACAUUAUGCCGAUUUUGUUGACAUUACAUAUUUCUUUUUUUGGCAAUAUGUAGGUUUUUCUACAAGAUGUCUACCUAGUACUGGCUGUUUGUACACUUGAUGUGUACCCGUCCCGUAGCUAUACGUGUUGCCUAAACGUAAUGAUGCUUCAGCUAUCAAUGUAUGGCUCUGAUGUGAUGUAGCAUCUGCUUCAGAGAUGGCAUUAUUGGAGAUGUAAGCUGUAAGUUGUAUACCAUAGCUGGAAGGAAACGGCAGUACAUGUGUGCAUAGUGAGGAUGUGUGAAAUAGUCUGUGUUGAUGAUAAUUCCAAAGGUUUUUUGCCUCAA